AUGGCCCUCUCAUUGAGCAUUUUGGGCUCAGCCUUGGCCCUGGCCCCCUUUGUUCGCGCUGGAUUUAAUCCUAGCUCAUCUUCAAACGUUGCAGUAUACUGGGGACAAAACUCGUACGAUCAGGGUAGCGGUUCGCUUGCUCAACAGAAUCUCGCCUAUUACUGCUCCAAUACUGAUAUCGAUGUUAUCCCCCUUGCAUUCAUGGACGGCAUCACUCCUCCUAUUACGAACUUUGCCAAUGCUGGAAACAACUGCACCGCAUUUGCUGACAACCCAAAUCUCCUCAAUUGUACUCAGAUUGCGGAUGAUAUUGAGACCUGCCAGAACACCUACGGCAAGACGAUCCUUCUGUCACUUGGAGGCUCUACGUAUACUCAGGGGGGAUGGUCUACCACAACUGACGCUCAAAAUGCGGCGCAGUCAGUUUGGAAUAUGUUCGGCCCCCAGACUGGCGUCGCUGUCGACCGUCCUUUUGGAGAAGCUGUCGUCGAUGGCUUUGAUUUCGAUUUCGAGUCAACAGUCAAUAAUCUCCCGGCAUUUGGCGCCGAGCUUCGCAGCUUAAUGGAUGCCGCUAGUGGGAAGCAGUAUUAUCUGUCUGCUGCACCCCAGUGCGUCUUUCCCGAUUCUGCUGAUGGCACGACUCUUGACGCCGUUGCUUUCGAUUUUGUCAUGGUGCAAUUCUAUAACAAUUGGUGCGAAGUAUCUAACUUCCAGACGGGAUCUACUACUCAGAAUGAUUUCAAUUUUGAUGUGUGGGAUACUUGGGCCAAGAGCAGCCCAAAUCCCAACGUGAAGGUCCUUCUAGGCAUUCCAGCUAACACUGGCGCUGCUGGUGCUGGCUAUGCAAGUGGAUCUCAGCUCGCGGCUGCUAUUGCUUAUUCUAAGCAAUAUAGUAGCUUUGGAGGGGUCAUGAUGUGGGAUAUGUCGCAACUCUACGCCAAUAGCGGUUUCCUCGACCAGGUUGUCAGUGACCUCAGUGCUUCCAGCCCUCCUCCUACAACUACAACUACAACUACAUUGAAAACUACAACAACGUCGAGCUCCGGCUCCAAUCCUACUGGGAGCCUUGUUCCUCAGUGGGGCCAGUGUGGCGGCCAGGGAUAUACCGGUUCUACCCAGUGCCAGCCCCCGUACACUUGCGUCGCCGGUGGUGCAUACUGGUCUUCUUGCCAGUAA